AGAAAACCCAUUGCCGAACUUCUCGUGCUCCGAUUCUCAGUCUCUAUCUCCACCGUCUCUGCUGCUUUCUUCUCCGUCGACUCCAGAGACUAUGGCACCUACAACACGUAGCACUAGCAGAGCUAGAGGUACGAGGCUAGCAGAUACUCCAACAAAGUCGGACCCUACUCAUACACGUAGCACUAGUAGACGUAGAGGUACGGGCCAAUGAAGACUCCAACAAAGUCUAAUCCUACCCAGAAUUCUGCACACAGACAGGCGCCACAAUUGCCGGUGUUGGAACCAGUAGUAGCUCCACCCCCUAACAUGGUAAUGCUGAGCAUGGAAGCCUACCGAAAAUUGAUUCAAGCCGCUGCGGCCAAUCAAGAGGGAAGGGGAGAUGAUGAUAGUACUAGUAUGACUAGGGAGUUCAAGUAUCUGAGAGACUUUGGUAAAUAUGACCCGCCAGUGUUCGAAGGAAAGACAAUAGACCCCGUGCUUGUUGAAUCUUGGGUUGAGUCUACAGAAACUAUAUUUGAGCACAUGAAUUGCCCUGAGGAUCAGAAGGUAAAAUGUGCCUCCUUUAUGCUUAAGGGCGAGGCUCACUUCUGGUGGAAGACUGCCCAACAAACCCUGAGGAAAGAAGAUGAGGAUGAGGAGCCAAUAUGUUGGCAUGAGAUGAAGAGGGCGUUCAUCCACAAGUACUACCCGGCGGUAUAUUGGUACAACAACCGGGAAGCUUUUUUGCAUCUGAAACAGGGAAACAUGACAGUGGAAGAGUACGAAUUGGAGUUCACCAGAUUGUCCAGGUUUGCCCUGGAGUAUAUAGACACUGAAGAAAAGAGGACAUAUAAGUUUAUUUUGGGUCUCCGGAGUGAGAUCCAAGGCAAAGUUGCGGCUAUAGCGGCCACGAGUUAUGCACGCGCCCUGCAUGCUGCCAGUAUUUUGGACUUUCAUCUUCAAAAAGCGUCCAAUGAGUUAGAAGACCAAGGGAGUUACCAGAACAAGAGAAAGUUUGAUAAGCAUUCUAACAAGUCCUCAUUGCAAAGAGAUAGAAUUGGCACACCUCAUAGGGGAAGACCCACGUGCCCCACUUGUGGUCUCAGACACUCCGGACAGUGCAGGGUUGGUACUGACGUGUGUUAUCACUGUGGCAAGAGUGGCCAUAGGAAGACAGAUUGUCCCCACAGGAGGCAACGAGGCCUCAACGUUUGGACGGAGCAGCUAGGAAGGCUCGACACAGAGUAGAGGCAUGACCAGGGCUACCACUGGCAAGAGAGUAGAAGAUACUGACACUGGUGACAUGUACUUUACUAAUGCUUGGAUAUCAUGCAUUUGUGUUAUUUGAUUCUAGAUUCAUACACUCAUUUAUUUUUGCUACAUUUGUAAGGCAUGCACGGUUAGGACUAUAGCCUUUAGGAUAUAGGUUAUCUGUGUCUACGUUGUCAGGAGAGAUAUUAGUUUUAGAUGAGUAAGUCCAAGCCUAUAAAGUAGUGUUAGAGAGACCCUUAGAUGUGUUGCUGAUUGUAUUAGAUAUACGUGAUUUUGACGUGAUACUAGGCGUGGAUUAGGACGUGAUACUAUACAUAGAUGAUCUAUCAUUCGGUUGAGGAUCUAUCCCCCAGACGACCCUCAGGAGCAAAUACAACUAUUAUAAGU